GAGCUGGCGAAGAUUAUGCGAGCCAGGGGAAUACGCUUGCGAGCUCCUCCAGUGGAAGAAGACCUUUUCGGCUAAAGCUCGGUUGAUUGGAACUGGCCUGCAUGGAAGUUGUGCAAUGAGCAGAUGAGAGCGGUGCACUGCGCAACACAGUGGAUCAACAAACAAAGAAGGUUCUCGGCACUAGUGCGAGAGCUCCACCAGCUUGUCCACGAGCUAGAGCAAUCCAAGACUGUUCCCAGCGAGUCAGUUUACAUCGAUCUCUUGAUACGUUGCGGGGAGGCAAACGCAGCUGCCGAAGGGAGGCGAGUGUUUGCCCACUACGCACUCGCAGAAAAUGGCAAGUCAUCGACGAGGCUUCGAAACCGCUACAUCAGCAUGCUGGGAAAGUGUGGCUGCACCGAAGAAGCCCGGCGAGAGUUUGACAGCAUUGAGGACAAGGAUGCUUUCUCCUGGAACAUCAUGAUAACGGCUUAUGCCCAGUCCGGGCAUAACUUCCAGGCACUGGGUCUCUUGUGGGUGAUGGACUUGGAAGGCAAGAAGCCAAGCUACAUCACUUUCAUCUCCAUCCUUCGGGCCUGUAGCUGUGAAGAGCUCAUAGCUCAUGGGAUCCGAGUUUACAAUCGGGCAGUGGCGGAGGGACUGGAGUCUCACGUCAGGCUGGCUACCGCAGCUCAGAGCAUGUUUGGGAGAUGUGGGAUGGUUCAAGACGCCAGGAGACUGUUCGAAGCCGUCGAAGUGAGGGAUAUCAUAGCCUGGAACUCGAUGAUCUCGGCCUAUGCUCAGUGCGGUCACCUCGACGAAGUUGUGCUGCUGUUUAGAAGGAUGGGACUGGAGGGUGAGAAAGCUUCCAAGGCAACGUUGGUCAGUGUGCUGGAUGCUUGCACAAGAAAGAAGAACUUGGCGAUGGGUCGGCUGGUACAUCGCUGUGUUUCCGAGAGCAAGCUGGCACAAGAUGUUAUGGUGGUGACGUGCUUGGUUAGCAUGUAUGGGAAAUGCGGUAGCUUUCGAGACGCCAUGUCCGCUUUCCAGAGCUUGUGCUCUCCGGAUUUGGUUGCCUGGAACGCGAUCAUACAGGCUUGCAGCGAGCACGAGAAACACAGGGAGGCGUUUCAGAUGUUCGCGAAGCUGGAUUGCGAAGGCCACACACCGAGCGAGAGCACCUACAUGAGUAUAAUCAACGCGUGCUCGACCUCAGCGGCAGCUUUACAUGGAGAAGCUAUCCAUGGCCUCCUCGAGUGCUCGAACUCAUUCUCCGACCUCGUCAAAGGUGCGCUCGCGAAGAUGUACAUCAAGUGUGGCAAGCUGGAACAGGCCAGGUACGUGUUUGAGCAGCAGAGUUUCAAGGAUUUGAUCUCGUGGACGUCAAUGAUCGUGGCUUAUGCGCAGAAUGGAGACGAUGCUCAAGCGAUGCUUAUGUUUCACAGGCUUGACUUGGAAGGCUUCAAGCCGGAUCGGGUGACUUUUCUCGGUGCUCUAGACGGCUGCUCGAGUCUAGCGGAAGGGAAGCAGCUCCACGCUCGUCUUUUGGAAACGGUUCACGUCACGGACAUGCAAGCUACAGCUCUCAUUUGCAUGUAUGCAAAGUGUGGGAGCUUUGAGGAUGCCAGGGAAGUCUUCGAGAGGAUGAGCAGCAAAACCAACACCUCUGCCUGGACUGCCAUGACCGCAACGUGUUCCCAGCACGGGAAGCACAAAGAGGCAGUGCAAACAUUCCAGCAGAUGGAGCUGGAAGGUUUGAGAGCCAACGAGAUCACCUUCAUCAGCGUUCUCGACGCUUGUGCCAGCGCUUCAAAUCUAAAGCAGGGAAGACUGAUCCACCAGAGGCUAGUUUCCAGCGGCUACUCGGCUGACGAGUUUAUCAGCAACUCCAUCGUCAACAUGUACGGGAGGUGCGGGAGCCUGAAAGAAGCGAGAGGAGAGUUUGAGGUGAUGCCCGUGAAGAACAUGGUUACCUGGAGCACACUCGUCGGUGCUUACGCUCAACACGGCCACAUCGAGGAGGCAAAGCAGCUCUUUUUCCUCAUGCAGCUGGAUGGCUUCGACCCCGACGACGCGAUCUUUGUAAGCGUGCUCUCGGCGUGUAGCCACGCAGGACUAGUCGAAGAGAGCAGGAGUUUGUUCAUCUCCAUGGCUGGGGACUAUGGAGUUAGCUUUGGAAACGAGCACUAUGGUUGCUUCCUCGACGUUCUGGGAAGAGCAGGACGUUUGGAGGACGCCGAGGAUAUGAUUUGCAACAUGCCGUUUGAGCCGAGUGGAGCACAGUGGCUGAGCCUCAUGUGUGCCUGCAAAACGCACAGCGACAUCGCUCGAGCACUGCGGGUGACAAACUACAUCAACCAUUUCGCUCCAGACAAGAAGACGCAGUCGUGCAUGCUCCUGUCCAACACGUACGCUGCCUGGGGGCUAUGGGCCGACGCCGAGAGGGUCCGUGCCAUCGGCCUUGCUACUCGGGCAGGAGACGAGAGAGCGCUCGAAGAGUUUUUCGAGGAACUCGAACUCGAACAAAAAGCAGCUGCCGAGACAUGAUGACAAGUUUCAGGACUUCUCCAUUGCGAGAACAAUGCCAGGGAGCUGCUGCGCUCCAAAUUCUCUCGACAGCAUCGUCGACCCGGGAAACGAAACGGUGACGUAGGUGUUGUAGGGGUGACGCGGCCAUCCUUGGCGGUCCAGAUGUGAACCCAGUAGCUCGCCACCUCGGCCUUCGACCACUGUCGCCACCACCGACGGCGUUUGACGUUCCAGACCUCUGAGGUGUCAAAACUAUAUAGCUGUGGACGUAGAUCCAAAAGCGCAUCACGUAAAGUUGUCACGCGAUCUUGAUCAAACCUCGGCGAGCAGGACUUUUGGUACAGAUAUGGAGAUUUCUCCUCUGCUCCUCAAAAGCCGUGAAAAGUUCGAAGACUUGGAGAAAGAACAGCUGCUUGUCGUUUACUUGACACGCUCAAAGCUGCCUCACAUUGGUUAUCUUCAGAAUCUAAUCGUCUGGAAAAGGUUGUUACAGACGAAACCAAAACUUACUUAUCAAGAUGGAACUAGA